CGCUGGAGGCCGGCCGGAGGGGGCGGGCUGGCGGCUGCUGCCCCGGCGCGGCUGCGCGCCUCGGCUGCACGGACGCCGCGCAGGAGCCCUCGGUGCUGCGGGGACAGAGUUCUGUGUCCUGACAGAUGAUUAAAGGCCAUGAUUAGUAAGGAGCGGUGUCAACAUAACUGAAGCGUUCUACCCUUGGCAUUUAACCUGGCUUUUCUAUCCGUCUCUGCCUGUUUGGGACUAAACCUGAGACAACAACCAGAUCAGGGCUGUAAAUCUACAAGAAGAUGGCAGAUUCUUGGCAAGAAUGCAUGGACUAUGCAGUUGCUUUAGCAAGGAAAGCUGGGGAGGUAAUCCGUGGAGCACUCAAAGAAGAAAUAUCUGUUAUGACUAAAAGUUCACCUGUGGAUCUAGUGACAGAAACUGAUCAAAAAGUGGAAAACUUCAUUAUUUCUUCAAUAAAAGAAAAGUAUCCUUCUCACAGCUUCAUCGGAGAAGAAUCUGUUGCAGCUGGAGAGGGCAGCAUUUUGACAGAUAACCCCACAUGGAUUAUAGACCCUAUUGAUGGAACCACCAACUUUGUGCACAGGUUUCCAUUUGUGGCAGUUUCAAUUGGCUUUGUUGUAAACAAAAAGAUGGAGUUUGGAAUUGUGUAUAGUUGUAUAGAAGACAAGAUGUAUACUGCCAGGAAAGGCAAAGGUGCAUUUUGCAAUGGACAGAAGCUUCAGGUAUCAGGCCAGAAAGACAUUACAAAAUCGCUUUUAGUAACAGAAUUGGGGUCAAAUCGAGAUCCAGAGACUAUAAAAAUAAUUCUUUCUAACAUGGAAAGACUUCUCAGUAUUCCUAUUCAUGGGAUUAGAGCCGUUGGUACAGCAGCUGUCAACAUGUGCCUUGUGGCAACGGGUGGAGCUGAUGCCUAUUACGAAAUGGGAAUUCACUGCUGGGACAUGGCAGGGGCUGGGAUCAUUGUUACUGAGGCAGGUGGGGUGCUGCUGGAUGUAUCAGGUGGACCAUUUGACUUGAUGUCUCGAAGAAUUAUUGCAGCAAGUAGUCGAGCUAUAGGAGAGAGAAUAGCCAAAGCACUUCAAAUAAUUCCUCUGAAAAGGGAUGAUGCAACUAACUGAACACCAAAAUGCUUCAAAUGUAAUUAUAUGCUGUUGUCUCAUACUCUUAUGUGAUUGUUCUACACCUGGAACCUGAUUAAAAGAUAACUAGAUGGUAGGCUCAGUCCUGGUGUGACUGCUAAGUAGUGGUUUGAGAUUGAACCUUUAAGUAUGUUAUUUAGCAUUACAGUUGCAUAAAGAUAUCUAAAAAGAUGCAAAGACAACUGAUACUUUCAAGUUCUCUACUACACUGGAAGGCAUAGCAAGAGACUCUGACAUACAGAUAAAUACAAAUCUCUAAUCCUCCAAGUGACAAAACAAAAUUCAUUAUCUUAACAACCCCUCACCACAUCUGCUCCUGAACCCAAAAAGGUGUAGACAUUACUGUUCAUCCAGUCUGUCUCAUCUGUGACCUUCAGUGUCAUCAGUGUGUCCAUUUCCUUACCUUGUUUUUGUAGAGGUAGCUGGCACGUUUCCAAACUUUUUUGAGUUGCUUGUAGUUUGAGUCUAAUUUAAAGGCUGUAUUACUUAUCUGUCUUUGGUUUUGUAGUCAUCAUUCUUAUGGUGGAUAAAUGCAGUCUCUUAUUCAGCCUCUUCUGUGGCCAGUAUACUUGCAAGUUCUUUGCAGUUGCAAACUGGAUAGUUUUGGUGCCAGGAAAUGGAGUGCAUGAUCUUGGAGGUCUCUUCCAACCUGGUUGAUUCUGUGUUUCCCAAAACCAAGUUCUGAGCACACCUUCUAUCACCAAAUGCACUUACUUUAAAUUAGUAUGAACCAUGACUUGCAUGGGUACCAGGCACUCAGUCUUUCCUGGCAGUUAGAAUUCCUGUUAGUUUUAGAAUUCCUGUUAGUUUUGUUCCUUUAUGGAUGUGUGUGUUUCAAAGUUUAAGGAAUCUUUAAAAUCCAACAGAGGCAGCAUAAAAGUUAGCCCACAGUCCAUAUUUGUUUAUAUCAUCUGUAAGCUGUGACAGCAGUGACCAGCCAGGGUCAAGUUUCUGUUGUGUUGUAGAGUGCAUGGGCACAAAAGAAGGCACACAUCUAAACAUAAAGGCUUUGCAGAUCUAACAGAUAUUAGUAAGCUCAUUCUUGGUGACACCAAUUCAGAAUUUUUCUAUUUAUGAGUGCACUGUUCACAUAAUUAAUGCACUUUAAAAAACAAAACAAGAUUUAACUUGGAUCAGUUUUUUUGACUAAGUUUUCCACAUCUAAAGGUUGUGAAAUGAAGUUUUCUCCAGUGGUCCAGUCAAGACACAGCACUGCUUUGCAAAACCUGACUUCUUGUACUGCUGUCCCACUGGUUCUGUUUUGGAAAAUGGUAUUUUAUGUCCUGAAAUUUCAGCAGAUCUCACAACAUUCUCUUUUGGAAAAUGUUUUUUUCUGUCCUGAAGUUUCAACAGAUCUCACAAUAUUCAGUCUUUCCUAUGGGUUGAUUUUUUUGCAGAGAUAUUUAAUGCAAAGUUGUAUCUAAUGGCAGAUGGUUAACGUUAAUGAGAUCAGCCUGCUUCUCUUCAAGGUCUUGUCAAAAAGCCAGGCUUGCAUUAAUGUUACUUUUUAAAUUCCCCUUGACAAGGAUAUAAACUUUUGGAGCAUUUCAAAGUAACUUUAUCACUAUAAAUUAUGUGAGAUCAUCAUGAUUUCUUGAGAAGUGUCUGCUGUAUCAUUUCUAUGGCUUUUGUAUAACAAAUUCUUUGUGACUUUUUAAACUGAUUUAAUUGUGAAAUAGAGAUGUCUAGAAAGACUUGAAAUGGGAGAACACAUUUGAAAUAAAUAUGCUUUAGCAGCA